UACAGAGUAAUGGAUAAGAGAUUUAAACUUUAUAUAGCACAUAGCAGUGCACUUAUAUGCUUCUAAGUUAUUCAGUCCAAACUUUUAGCAGGUUUCUCUAUGUACUACUAAGAAGUAAUAAAAGGGCAAAGUUGAAGGCCUAAAAGUAAAUUUUGAGGAAGUCGUGAGAAUCAUGACUAAUGUAUUUUAUAUGAUUUCUGGAGGAGAGACGGGUACUAAUAAUCACCUCGUGUAGGGGCUCUUGACUUGAUCAACACUAUUAUUGAUAUUCAAAGACAGACCGACUGGACUUUGAUGAUCAUAGACAUACUCUGAUUUAAAAAUGCAACGAAAACCACUACAUUCCGCAGAUAUGAAUGGAAAAAAGGAUUCCACUCAAAAUUCAGAAAAGCCAUCUGAAGGAAAAAUGGACAAAAUGAUUUAUGUUGUGUUCUUUGGCCUGCUGAUUGAUUUAUUGGCAUUCACAAUGAUCCUUCCCUUGUUGCCGUCACUCCUAGACUACUAUGGGCAAGAUGGAAAAGACGGGCUUUACAACUCGCUCAAAGAUUCCGUACACGGAUUCCGACAACUGGUUGGCGCUCCUGAUAUCCCGAGAUGGAAUUCUGUAUUAUUCGGUGGAAUUUUGGGAUCAAUGUUUUCGCUGCUACAAUUUGUGACAUCACCCGUUUAUGGAGCAGCGUCGGACGUAUAUGGACGUAAACCUGUCCUUUUGCUCAAUAUGCUUGGGAUUGCCUUAUCCUAUGCAUUGUGGGCAAUAUCGAAUAAUUUCACCAUGUUCGUCAUUGCUCGAAUAGUAGGCGGCAUAAGUAAAGGAAAUGUGAGUUUAAGUACUGCUGUCGUCACUGAUGUUUCCACACGUAAAACCAGGGGACGUGGUAUGGCGAUGGUCGGUAUUGCGUUCUCCAUAGGAUUCCUUAUAGGACCACUGAUCGGAGCUUAUUUUGCCAAAAGGGUACGGGAACAAGAAGAACUAUUUUUCCUAGGUCCUGCCCUAUUCGCAUUAACAUUAGCCAUUAUUGACAUUGUGUUUAUUGCAGUAUGUUUCAAAGAGACUCUACCUGCUGAAAAGAGGGCAUCUUCAAUGGCAAGUAGCGUACAAGAGGUCUCCUAUCUUAUCAACCCUGUGUCAUUAUUCAAUUUCUCUGCCGUGCAAACCAAUACACCCCAGGACUUAAAAGCCAUGCGUCAAAUAGGAGGAGUAUAUUUUGCCUACCUGUUGUUGUAUUCCGGGCUUGAGUUCACGCUUACAUUCCUCACUCAUAACACAUUCAACUACGAUAGCAUGCAGCAGGGUAAAAUGUUCUUCUUCAUCGGUAUCAUCAUGGCAGUCGUCCAAGGUGGCUACAUCAGACGUCUUAAACCAGGAACUGAAAAGAAAAUUGCAGUGAGAGGCUUUGUGUUGCUCAUCCCCGCAUUUAUAUUAAUAGGAUACGCAAGCUCUACUGCCAUAUUAUAUACAGGAUUGGCGUUAUUCUCAUUUGCCUCAGCCACAGUUGUGCCAUGUCUAACAACUCUCAUCUCAAGUUAUGGCACUGAGGACCAAAAGGGUGUCAUUCUGGGUAUAUUCCGGUCACUGGGGGCACUGGCCAGGGCUAUAGGCCCAAUGGUAGCUUCCACAAUAUAUUGGUCAGUUGGUCCUUUCAUAUGUUACACAGUUGGUGGGUUGCUUCUUGCUUUACCACUUAUAUUUUUAUUAAAAAUUAAAAUUAAGACAACAUAAUGUGAGAUUCAUAAACGUUCUACAUGACAAACAGCAACCAGUCAAAACUUAACGCAUACAUCAAGUUUCAUGAACCCCCUCCUCCCGUAAUAAUAUUCCUCAUCAUAGGUCAGGGGGUUGGGAACUGAGGCAUAAUGUCUACUCCUAAUUUAUGUAUGUGUCCCCUUUUUCGCUACAUUGAGAUGUAAUAGACUUAUUACUAAGGUCAAUGUUCCCAUGUACACAAAACCAAUGCUAAAGAUAGGGAGAGGGGGUUAUGUUUUGAGGAACCAGCUUUUAAAUUCAAAAUUCAAUUAAUUCUCUCAAUUACAUGUUUGGGGAUAGUAGGCAUUGACCGAUUAAUGCAUUGCCAGUCCCUUUUUGGAGGGAAAAAGUUAAAUAAAAAGUGACCUAUAUAAUUUCAAAGUGACUCUAGAAAUGUGCAAAUAUAAUCUUUUAAAAGGAAUGUGCAAAUAAUAAAUAUAUGGAUAUGUGAGUAGCUCAUAAAAUGUACAUGACAUCUAAAUAUGAUCCUACCUUUCCAUGACAGUUGCGACACAUGUGGUGAUUGUGACAAACUGUGAUUGUGAUUCACCAUUAUUGUGACUCACUAUAAUAUUGUGACAGACUGUAUCAUGUAUGACAGUAUGAUGAUUGUGAGGAAACGCAGCAUUCUGGAAAUCAAUCAAUGGUUUAAAUAUGCUUCUUUUUGUAAUUAUUGAAUGUAUCACCAAAAAUGUAUGUUAGAUUUUGCAUGCAGGGUGAUGGCUGUAAUUUAGAUUUAUUCAAUAAAAUUAUAUUAUAUUUUCAAAUCUA